GCAGCACAUCCCGAGCCUGCAGCACGGCCAGAACCUGCAGCAGAGCCAGAACCUGCAGCAGAGCCAGAACCUGCAGAGCGAGCGCCAGGUAGGACAGCUGCAGCCUGCAGCAUGUCCACGUGUGCUACACCACGCCCACAGAGGCUCCCGGCAGAACGGAGAACCAGAACCAGAGAGAGAAGAGCAGCAGACGGAGGAGCGGAGAGGAUGAGGCGAUAACGAAGGAACGAUGAGAACGUUCAUGCUGCUGCAGAGUUCUGCUGCUCUGCUUGUCCUCCUGCUCUGUGGUCUUCUGGGAGGUCCAGUCCUGUCCAUCUGUCCAUCGGUGUGCCUGUGCAGCGGGGGCCACCGUGUGGUGGACUGCUCCUCACGAGGCCUAACCAAGCUGCCUCCUGGUCUGCAACACAACAUCCGCUCCCUUAACCUCUCCUUCAACAGUCUGCAGAGACUUGGCAGCCAGCUCAGCAACUAUGGCCACCUGCGAACGCUUGAUCUGUCCUACAACCGCCUGGAGAGUCUCCCCACCGCACUGCCGAGGUCUCUGUGGGACAUCCGAGCAGCCGGGAACCAUCUACGCUGGCUGGACAAAAAUGACACCGCAUACCACUGGAACCUGAAAGCCCUGGAUCUGUCGGACAACGACCUGGAGAGAGUGGUCUUCAUCAACAACACGCUGCUGAGCCUCCAAGCACUCAACCUCAGUCAGAACCGGUUCUGGACAGUGCCCACAAACAUGCCUCACAACCUGGAGAGCAUUGAUCUCUCACACAACUAUCUGGCGCAGAUCUUGCCUGCGUCGCUGGACCGGCUCCCGAGACUGGUUCACCUUUACCUGCAUGCCAACCGUUUCUCCUGGUUACCUGAGCAGGUCUUUGAUAAGCUGACGGGCCUGGAGAUGAUAACACUCGGAGACAACCCUUGGGCUUGUGAAGACGAAGAAAAUACGACACAGCUCCUCAAGUGGGCGGAGCAAACCCGUGCUACUGUUUUAGGAUGCCCCUGCUAUAUCAGUCCAGUCUGUGGACAGAUCCAGACGGGGACGGUGGGGAGGGAACGGCACUCGGCUCUGUUCACAGAGCCGCCCUUUUGGGGCAACGGUCCAGAUGUGGAGUAUGAUGGAGAGUCACCAGCGCAUACUGCCGUGGUCACGACCAAUUACCGAGGGAAACCACAUGAGACUGGCAUCCUUCAGGACAAACGCGGUGCAACUGGACCUGGGGACCAAGUUCUGGAGGGGUGGACUCCACCCCCACACUCCAGCACCACGGCCCGCAUGCCGUCGUCAACCAUAAAGCCCAAGAUCAGCAGCACCAAGAACCGAAGCCACGCAGUGGUGGUCAAGAUUCACACGGUCACUCUGGCAACUACAGUCAUGACAGCGGUAUUCACCAACUUCUGGACCUCCUUUUAGUGGAUACGCAAAGAUCCCAGUCUGGGCCUGAACACUGAACGCUACGAUGGACGCCCCUCUGGUGUGUCCCUGAGGUAGAAGAAGUAGUGCAUGUUGAUGUAAGACUCGGUCUGCGUGAACAUGUGUGGACCAUAUCCAACACCAGACCGGGACCAGGCCGACUGUGUUUCAAGAAAAAUAUGAUAAAAACUUGACAUGUCAACUAAGUCCAACUGUAAGAUGUGAAAUAUAAUUAAAAAUAUGCCUUUGGCAAAACAGUGAGGAUAAAAAUAAAUAAUAAAAUCUCAGAGAGAGAGAGAGAUGGUCCAUCAGAAUUUUAUCAUUGGUUACUCAGACAAACGGAAAAAAAUGGAGAAGCUAUGAGAGUCCCUGUUGACCGGUCCAAACCAUGUACCGGGGGGGGCGACAAGCUUAAACUGUCUUAUAGUCUGCUCUUCCUGCUGUCCAGAUAGUAAAUGGUCUUUAGCUGUCAUGACUCCAGUUUUCAAGGCAAAUGUAUUUGUAUAUUACAAUUCAAAGACAAUUAAAGCUUGGUUUAACAUUUAAACAAAAAUAAAUAAUCAAAGAAAGAACAAUUGUUAAACUCAGUGGUUAAAAUAUGAUCCAGGUUUGAAACUCAAGUUUAAAAGUACCAGUGGAGGUUUGGAUCUUUAUUCAGGUGCAGCUGAGAGCAGGUGAGUCUUUAACCUGGACUUAAAUAAACUGUUUCAGCUGAUCUGAGGCUUUCUGGGCGUUAGUUCCCGACAUGUGGAGCAUAGAAGCUGAACGCAGCUUCUGCAUGUCUGGUUUUGACUCUGACUAGUAGCAACUAGGCUAGGUCAAACCAGGACUAGCAGAACUGUAACCAGAACUAGUACAAAUCAGGAC